GUGGCCCAGAUGAGGAACCCAAAGCAGCUGGAGGUGGACCAGAUGAAGAACCAGAAGCAGCUGGAGGCGCAGGCGGCACCACAGCUGCAGCAGCUCCCCAUACCGCAAGAGCUGUUUUCCUGCGGUGGCAAGGCCCCCGCCACGACGGCUUCCACCAUCUUCGGGUCGGGGUUUAGUAAGACGACGCCCUCUACCGGGACGGUCUCCAGCACGAACGGCGGUCUCAGGUUCGGCCAGGCGCCGUCGGCCUGGACUGGCGGUACCACGACUGGCGCCUCUGCUGCCGCCUCCACUGGCUUCAGCUUUGGACCGACCACAGCGCCACCUGCUCAGCCGAGCACGCCGAGCUUCUCGUUCCGUCCGCCGACCGCCGAGGGCGCCACCAGCACACCGGCCAAGGCAAGGGGCGAGAACACCACGGAGGACGGACCUGUCAGCUCGACCUCUGGCUCUGGCGCCGCGGUCUCCAAUACCACCACCUCCAGCGCCGCGACCUCCGCCCCCGCCGCUGCACCGGCCGCCGCCACUGAAUCCGGCUUCUCGUUAUAUAACGCCGAAUAUCUCGUUAUAUAUAAGCCGAAUAUCUCCGGCUUCUCGUUCGGUAGCAGGUUCGGUGGUACACCGGCUGCCCAGAGCACGGCUACGGACGGCCCCAGCACCAGCUUCACGUUCCGACUGCCGGCCACCGCCAGCGCCACAGCGGCAGCAACAGACUCUGACCCGGAUGAGGUGACUGUGGUGGGCGAGGUUCAGCCGACCGAGGAGCAGCGCGCUGCCGCCGCCCGGCUCCAGCUGCCGGCCGGCUUCUACCUGUACGAACAGCGACCGCCGUGCCGGGGAUGCCGCGGCUGCUGGGACCAGAUGCCCGGAGAGGCAAGGGGCGAGAACACCACGGAGGAGGGGCCUGUCAGCUCGACCUCUGGCUCUGGCGCCGCGGUCUCCAGUACCACCACCCCCAGCGUCGUGACCUCCGCCCCCGCCGCCGGCGCCGGAGCGGCCACCCCCAACAGCUCCUUCCAUUUCAAGGCUGCCCCGUUUUGGUUUGCGUUCGGCGGCGACCAGAGUAAGGUCGUCGAGGCGACUCCCAAGGCCACGUUCGAGUUCGGCGUCACGUCCGCAGCCUCCUCGCCGUUCAAAUUCUCAUUCGGCGGCGACGCCGACAAGUCUAGAUCCUCGAUCUUCGGAGGGGCGGCGGCAGCGGACACAAAGACCACGUCAAUAUUUGGAGGUUCAUCGGGUAACAAGACAACUUCGAACUUCGGAGGAGCGUCGUCAACUGAAACCAAACCUGCGUCUAUUUUCGGAGGAACGCCCUCUUCCGAAACCAAAACCACGUCCAUCUUUGGUACCCCAUCGGUGUUCGGAGAAAAGGGAACUGACAAAGCCGUAUCUCUCUUCGGUGGGGCGACCACCGGCGACAAGACAUCCAAAGAAGACCAGAUAUUCGGCGGCUCCGGGACUGACUCCAAGCCCGCCUCUCUGUUCGGCGGCUUUGGUGUGGCCUCUGGUGCCCAGUCGUCUCCGUUCGGCUCCGGCUCAUCAGUGUUCGGUGGAUGGCCGUCGUUCGGUAGCGCCGCGUCCAAGCCGGCCUCCAGCGAGAGCGGCGCCGUGGCCAAGCCACCUACUCCGGCCAACUCGUCCGCCCCCAAGGCGCCUGAGCCGAUCAGCUCCGGCUCGGCCCCGUCGGCACCACCGGCCGCUGCUACUGGAUCGACUGGUGCCGGCGCUGCGGUCACCCCGACCCCGUCAGCACCACCGGCCGCCGACACUGGAUCGACUGGUGCCGGCGCUGCGGCCACCCCGGCCCCGUCGGCACCACCGGCCGCCGCCACUGGAUCGACUGGUGCCGGCACUGCGUCCACCCCGGCCCCGACCAAUGGUCCAUCUACAGAAACCAGCAUCAACGACACAGCACAGAGAGGGCUCCAGUCGCCGGCGGCCAGUGACGUCUCGAAGCGGACAUCGAGCCAAUUCCCUGCGGCCAGUGUAGUCACAGUCCAGAAGCAGGAACUCUCAACUGUGAAGCAGUUGAAGCAGUUUACAUUUCCACCUGGUCUUGCAGAGCUACAGGUGAUCGCGAUUUUGGAGUCCCUCCAAGUCCAAACAUUGAAGGAGCUCACGGUCUCCACUCCUCCUGACUCGACGGGACGGUGGCUGCAGCUGCUGCCGCCGUCCUUGAGGCGCCUGGACGUUUACGGACCGGGGGAGACGGGGAAGCCGGCGAGACUGGGAAAUGGAAGACAGCCUGACCAUGGGCUGGUGGUCGUCAUAAUGCAGGCGGGAGAUGACGUCAUCAGCCAGAUGGCCACGGAGCUGGGACCACGGGUUACCGGGCUGAACAUGUUCUACUGCCCGCGUGUCACUGCCGGGGCCCUACAGAGGCUGCUGUCCGCCCUCACCGGCCUGGAAGAUGUCACGUUUAACGGCACUCUGUCCGGCGCCAUCACUGACGCCUCACUGGCCGCCCUCCACGGCUGCUCCCAGCUGCGUAUAAUGCAGCUGGGAACGCCCACUGUACUCUGUACGGAUAUACCGGUCACAGCGGUCAGCAGACUGGUGGUCAGCUGUCGGAAACUGGUGUGGCUGAAUUUCCAAGCAACGGAGGAGCUCAGUCAGACGGUCCUGGACGCCCUGGUCCGGGCAGACCUGGGGAAACGCGAUGACAACACGCCGAGAACACUGAGGUUCGGGGUCCCAGAACCUGCCUAUGGGAAGCUGAGACAGAAGUCCACCAGCAGCAUCAAAGUGUUGAAGGCUACCUAGAAGUACCUAUCAUUCGAAAAUACCACGCCGACUGAGAAUGCGCCUACAUCCUCAGCUCGUUCCCCCUUCUGAUUGGCUCAUCACAAGACGCCGAGGUGACGGACAAAUGGGACGACAGUCUGCCGGGCUUUAUCUCCAACAGCAGGUGAAGCUGCGCUCCUUCAGCACCGGGUGAACACGGUGGGGUCGAACAUAACGCCUGCUUGUUCUUACUAUGCUGCUUCUGCUUAUGCGUUUCCUGUAUCAUGUAUGAUGAAAAACAAUGACGUGAUAGUUCGGUGAAAAUCAUUCAAAUGAUGUGAGCAAUAUUAGAUAUUGUGUGACUUAGGGAACAAAAAUAUGGAUAAGAUACACAGUUAGAUGAUCAUGCUGCCUUAUCCAGCCUUAUCCCUUAGAGCACCCUGCUCUACGGAAUCGAUAGAAUGAACGCACCAUAUGUCCUUUACAUUUCGAACGGCGCCUGUGAAAACUGAAUAGCUAUUAGUGCGCUCAGUGUCUCGUAUCGAUACACGGGGCAGCGGUGUCAACAAACCCGACCGAGGGAGGACUGCCAAGUUUGAGCGCCACCGAACCCCCUGACCUGGGAAUGGAUGACGAUAGCGAGGGGAAGGGGGCGGGGCGAGCUUAGCCGGCGGUUCUCCGCCCCUCACAUUGUCUGUGUAUCGGUACUUUUGUGAGAGACUGUACAAUCACAUGGUGUGUGCUGUUGAAAUUUGCUGUUGGGUGUAAAUUUGAUAGAAACUGUUUGACGUGAGAAACAAGUGUAA